AUGGCGGAGAUCGGAGGCAUGCUCGCCGCCGCCGUCGUCAAGGUGGUGUGCGGCAAGGUGGCGGCGGCCGGCGGCGGCGUGGCCGUGCAGCACCGGAGGUUCCGCAAGGACCUCGAAGUCUGUAUUGGGAGUGUCUCGAGGGACGCGCUAGAGUCCAUCGAGGCGCUGAUGGGGGACGCGGAGAGGCGGUCCGUCGAGGACAGGUCGGUGCAGCUGUGCCUCAACCGCCUCACCACUGCCUCCUCCGACAUCUUCGAUGAGCUGGAGGCCAAUGCUACCAGGAAAUCAGCUCUGCAGAAGUUGAAAGUUCUAAAACUCUAUCUCACAGCUGCUUCUAAGGUUAGUAUGGCUGAUAGGAUGAGGGAGGUUAGGGAGAGACUGGAGAAUAUUUCGAAGCAACGCCAGCAAUUCAGUUUCACGGCAGGCAACAGUUCCUAUGCACAGCAAUUUAUUGAUGACCGUGAAACAUCGUCAGAGGUGAUAGAGGUAGAUGUCCUAGGAAGGGAUCAAGAUAAAGCGAAAGUAAUGACACUUUUAACUCAAGCCAGCUCCUCAUCAGAUUUCAUUAUCCUUCUGAUCUAUGGCAUCGGAGGCAUUGGCAAGACAACGUUGGCACAACUGCUUUUCAAUGAUACCCACUUCAUGGACUAUGAGAAAGCAUGGGUUUAUGAUUCCCAAACAUUUGAUUCCAAUAAAGUUGCAGAAUUUAUAAGAUCAGAACGUCAGAACAACCAGAGUCACCAAACCAACACACAAGAGCCAGAUACUGAUCCACCUGCUCCUAAGAAUAUUCUGAUUGUUUUAGAUGACCUGUGGGAGAACCGUGCCAUUAAGAUUGAUGAACUGAAACGUUCCCUAAAAUUGUUAUGCAGUGGACGCAACAAAGUGCAUGUCAUUGUAACCACACGAGAUGCUGAAAUUGCUUCGAAAAUUCAAACGACUGAAGCAUACGCCAUAGAGCCCCUGUCAUCUGAUGUGUGCUGGAGUAUAAUUAAGCAGAUAGUGGGCUUUGAAGAUAAUGACAAAGAAAGUUUGGAGAAUAUUGGGAAGGAGAUUGCAAUGAAGUGUCAAGGUGUGGCACUGGCAGCUCGUGUUCUUGGGUACAUGUUGAGGUCCAAGAAUUUUGAGGCAUGGGUUUCAGUAAAAGAGAAUGGCAUGUGGAAUAAAUCUACGACAGUAAAAGACUACGAUGAUGUGCUUGCAUCUUUGAAACUAAGCUAUAGCAGUAUGCCGCCGGACCUAAGGCUAUGCUUCACAUAUUGUGCAAUCUUUCCAAAGGGCCACAAGAUGGCAACAGAGGAUCUUAUUUAUCAAUGGGCUGCUCUUGGUUUCAUUGAGUCUUGUAAUGAAGAUUCCACGUGGCUGCAGCAUGGGCAUUGUUGUCAUUGUGCAUCCUCAAAUAUAAAAAAAGGCACUAAUGCCCGGAGUCCUGGAGACCUGACGCUCGCCCCGCCGCCCUAGCCUGUGACGCCGUUCAGGCCGCCGCCGACGCCGUGCCCUCGCCUGGAGGCCUGGACGCUCGCCCCGCCGCCCUGUGACGCCGCUCAGCCCGCCGCCGACGCCGUGCCCUCGCCUGGCUCCCUCCGCGCUCCCGGACGGCCUCCUCCAGCACGGGUUCCUAGCUCCCUCCGGGCUUCUCCGGCCAGCCUCAUGGACGCCGCGUCCCUCCGGGCUCCCGGUGGCCUCCAACACGCGUCCCUCCCUCCGGGCUGCUCCGGCCGGCGUCGAGGACGGCGCUUCCCUCCAAGCUGCUGCCGGCCUCCAGAAGCCGCCAUAGCAGCGCCGCGUGAACACCCGGCGAUCGGCUGCCCUCCGGCUAGACAUGUCACCUUCCCAAAUCCCAAGACUCAUAUAACUGAAAGAACUGCACAAGAUGGUUACUGCAAAUAAUUCCCAAAUGCCAUAGAGGUAUGCUAAAACGUAUAUACUGUUAUAUACUCUUUACCUUAAACUAAGUAUUGUUGAAUUGUUUUGCUGCACUAACAUCCACUUAUCUGCCUGUAAUUGUAAUCUGUUUCUGGUUGCAGUACAUGAUCUUUGCUAUUUUGGCCUGUUUGUUUGCCCCCUUGCUCCAUGUUUGGCAUCAUCAUUAUCCUGGAAAUUUGAAUUUAUAGUAUCUCAAACUGCUUCUGCACAACCAUGACUGUAUAAAGACUUCUUAUUAUCUUUAAUAUUUUUAUGUGUUUGUGCUUGGUUGGUUACCCUUCAAAGUUGACACCUUUUCUUUUGUUAAUAUUAGGUCAGCACAGCUAUGGUUGCACCAAUCGUGGACAUGCUGAUAUGAAGCACCCUGACAGUUCUGUUGAAUACAUUGCUGGUCACUUGGAUGUGGGCUUGCCUUGUGACGGCUUUGCAAAGUGGAGUGACUCUGACGGUGAUGAUGUUAAUAUGUGAAAGCUAGGGAUGCUGUGUUAAGGCGCCAGCACGAGGCCUUGAUCAGGAAUGCGUUAUUAAGAGACUAAUGACGCUCCCUCCGGGUGUAACUAUUGUUGAUGACUAAGAAGAGUGCUGGAGUGAAUAAGCAGCAGAAGCAAUAUAGCUGUUUCUUGUGAUCUUGCCAAUCCAUCUGUUGUUGUUGGACUGAACCUUCUUGUCAUGUAACUGAGAGGUGUAUAAUUUACUGAAUGGAGGGAUCUGAUAGUGUUGUUUCGUCUCAUCCUUCUUGGUGUAGUUGUGGUGCCAUUGUAAUCUGUACAAGAGCAGUUUCAGUAAUGCAAUACAAUGUAAGCUUUGUUCAUUUGCUA